UGUCACUUCGAUGGAUUUGUCUUUUGAGCCAUACACAUGUAACAGAUUAAUGAGUCUAAAGUUUAAUUCAUACGAAACAGAUUUAUCAAAGCGGGAACGUAAAACAAAGAAUGAUGAGUAAAAUUGACUACAUCUAGAGAGUGACACCAGUGAAUCACUGUUUUAAGUACGAUUUUGAAAGGCUCAAGUGUUUUAUUUACAACGAAUAGGAACUCCUCGUUUUGCUCUUCGAUACGCUCUCAACAUCCCAUUGUUUCUUAAGUGCAUGACGUAAUAUUUAAAACAUCCUCGCCGAAGGUAAAUAUGACUGGAUCAAUCGUCUGAUCAGUGAAGAGAAACGGUGCUUUUCUGUCGAAUUCCCUUGAAACAGACAUCACACAGUGAGCAUUAACAAUGGAUGCUACAUCGAACGCCUCAGUAAUGGCGGACAGACUUGAUGAAUGGAAUGACACGCUGUCUCAUCAUAUCAUCCCUGCUUCCGUCAUUUUGAUGAUAUACCUGGUCAUAGGGAUCAUCGGGAACUCCAUCGUCAUUUAUAUACAUACUGUCCGGCUCCAGAACAGCUGGGAGGAACGAUUCUUUAUACCGGUUUUGGCCGUCAUUGACUUGAUAUCGUGUGUCGUAAGUACUUCGUUUAGUUUCUCAAUAAACAUGCUUCCUGUGAAAUACAGCAACGACAGCGCGUGCAAAGUGAUGUUUUUCCUCAACAUGACGUGCACAUUGAUGUCAGCACUUAUGCUUGUCGUCAUAGCCAUAAACAGAUACAGAAAAAUCUGUAAGCCGUUCAGCAAGCAAAUGAACAUGUUCUGGAAGAAAAUCGCCAUUGCUUGUGUCAUUGGAGUUUCUUUGGUCAUGUCCUGGCCUUGUUUCUUCUUCUAUGGCUCCAGAGAAGUUUACGAUGACCACAGCUACACACGUGGAUAUCGAUGUACCAGUGUCCGAGGCCCGUGGUCAACAGUUCAGCCUCUUAUAUUCAAGGCAGCGGUGAUGCUGAUUGUGGCAUUCAUACUCGUGUCGCUUGUGGUAUUUUACGUAUUGAUAGGAAGGAUCGUGUUCAAGCAGAUGCUCUCCCACAAAAAGAAUAGUUCCAAUGUUGGUGCUGCAGCAGAAACUAUGUCACGUGAUUGUAAAUCAUCGCAUUCUGCCAAUACAUCCAAGGUUACGGAAUUGAAUGACACCAAUAAUCGUUCAAUGCAAGAUAACCCUAAUGCCUCUGAUUCUGGAAAUACAUCGGACACUGUUAUUGAAUCAAAAUCUCAAACAGUGAAUUCAGAAUCUGAUGAAAAAGUGCAAAAUAAUCAUCUCUCGGUGACAAAUAAAAAUUGUCACAAAAUGUCGUCGACACCCACAAAUGCAGGUCUGUCAAGGCCUCAUGGAGUGCGUUUGUCUUUGAUCUUCAUGCUGAUAACGCUUGUUUUUAUCAUCUGUUAUGUACCUAAAGUCGGGAUGAUGAUUUACGAAUCACGAAACGAGAGGUUUUGGAUCGAGCUUUCGCCCUUGGAAUUAUCGGGCUACAGGUUUAUAUACACGGCGUUUAUCAUCAACAACAUCGUCAAUCCUAUCAUCUACGGUUUCCUCGACCGCCGAUUCCGUAACGAGGCAUACAGUAUGUGUCGGCGUGGAAAGAAAUGAGUCUUCCUUGUUCAAUAUGACAUCUUUGCAACGGAUUGACCAGAUGCUUGGCAUUUAUUUUUUUAAAAAGAAGUGGUUAGGUACGGUUUGUCCAGUACUGUUAUAAUCUCAUAGGCAGAUUUUCAGGUUACCAUUUCAAGAUUAAGGUUUUUAAGUGGGAUGACACCGUCAAAGUUACCUGGAUAGCUCCACAAAUCACAAAUGAACCACCCUGAACGGGACUGUUAAGCAUGGUAAAACAUAUACUGUAAAUCACUUAUAUUUCGCGAGUACUUAAUUUCGCGAACUCACCUCAUUCGACUUAUUCACGAAUACAUAAUUUCGCGAAUUCUGACCUCAGAAUGACGUUAACAGGUCGGCGAUAUUACCAUGUUGGUAGCCAUUUUGUUUAUGAGAGUCAUGUGACGGUAAAGGAAAAGUCAUGUGAUAUCGAUGUCUGUCUUUGACUCUAUACUGAAUUGUAGGUACCGUACCUGUAUACGUCUCAAGGCUAUAUACAAGUGUCACGCCCGUUCAUAUAUAGUUUUUCUGCAUCAUUUCACCGACAUCACUACGCCGUAGAUCUCCAAUUAAAAAAAUAGUAACCAAAGAUAAUUUGCCGGUCCCAGUUACGGAAACAGUGAACAAACAUGUAGAAUAAAGCGAUGUGAUGUACGACAUACAUGUUAGCUUAUAUAAACAACAGCGCGGGUAAUAAAGUACGUCGUCUAGAAGGUAUUUUAGUCCGAGUUCAACUACAAUAUUAGUGUUCAGCGGGUUUUGUGUGUGUGUGACAUUUUGGUGUUUUGUGAUAUAAAAUUACACUCUGAUAUAAGUAUAUAAUCUAUCAUUCUAUUAUUACUUUAAUGGCGAUGCCUGUUCACCAACUAAAGCUUACGAUAUAAUAAUAAUAAUACAGUAGUAUUUGAAUUUUACCUGAAUAUCCGUCGUUAUAUAGACAUGGAGAUUACAAUUUACUGUAAUUACAAGGAUAAAUACAUGCAUAUCUAAUUGAGUUUCCUUCCUAAUCGCAUGGCCAAGUCCCUUGAUUCGCCUUUUAAACCAUAACUAAUGUUUACCUAUCACGUGUAUAUAAAGAAAUCUUACCUGCCUUAAGUUAUAAAAGGCGACUUUGUAGCACUACAAGGAAGCUACAUAUUGCAUAUAAUAUAAAUGGUUACUAAAAGGGGAGGGGAGUGAUACAAGUAUGUACCAUUUAUGCCCAGUUGGCUACAGACAGUUGUUAAUAUAUCUGUACCGCUGUAUGAACCUACAGUUGUAACCACAUCCGGAACUCUCGUGCCAGUUCCUGUGAGUUGUGCCCUGAAUGAAUCAUAAACAAUCAGCCAUCUCCAUAAGUGGACCAGGUCAAGUGAAUCAAUUGAUGAAACUUCCGUCGACUGCAGAACUAUAACAAUAAAAUUUGUUGAAAUGAUAUUGUAGAACGGCGCAUAUCCGAACAGCUUGGAGAACAUAAUUUUAUAUACGAUGGUUUGUUAUCCCGAUAGGAGUUUAAAUACUGUAAACGUGAUUUUUUUUUUUCGGGGUUAAUUUCGCCAUUUUCAUAUGUAGACUAUACGCGUGGGUGUUAUUUUCGCGAUCGAUCCACUUUCGUUUGUAGUUCAAGAUUACGCAAAUUGAUAUCAAAAUGAUAAUAAUACGCGUGGGGAUAUUUUCGCGAACAAAAUGAGCCCAUGUAAUUAGCGUAAAUUUCCCCCUCGCGUAAAUUUCAACCUUUACAGUAGUUGAAACUUUGGAUAAGCGAACUUCUACAAUAUUAUGAAUAAAAAAAAUGCAAGCCUAUUGAAAAAUAUGUUAAAAUGUUUUUGACACAACCAGGCGUGUAAUAAACGGGUAAACAUAUAAUACAAGCCCAAAACAAAGCAAAUUGCUUAUCAUAAAUAGCUAUAAUGUUUGUCCUUGAAGAAACCAUGAUUUAUUUGCAGCCUCUUGUUUCUUAUAUUUGAAUAUUUAUACUUUUCUUUUUCUUUUCGCUUCCUCUUUUCAAUAGUAAAUCCAAUCCAGCCGCCUUCAUUUCUGGCCUUGUAUGUUACGCAAAAUCAAAACAAACCAAAACAAACCAUUGCUGUUUUUUUAAGUUCAAUGGGACAUCUGUUACACGUAUGUAACUUUAAUAUCAAACUGUUCCUAUGUGCUGUCGACUAAAUAAAAUACAUGUAUAUGAUUUAUUUCGAUUUGCUAAAAUUGAAUAUACAUGUAAAUGUACUUUCUUCAAUUGUCACAUUGUCGUUCUAUGUUAAAAAGGAAAAAAUGAAAUAAAUAUUUAUUUUAAAAUUAAUACAAAAUGUGUAUCUUUCAUGUACUAUAAUUUGAAAAAAAGAUGUUUCAUCUUUCCGUCGACUCUAAUGGAUGGAAAUCGAGAAGAGACCUUUGCGAAAUUAAACUGGUCUAAAGAAAUGCUAAAAUAUAGAAUGUGUGGAAGGCAUUGAUCUCUAAUAAAUUCAACCAGUUAUUCAGAUAUCAUACAGAGCUUUGAAUAUACUAUUGAAUAUUGAAUAAUAUUCAUUUUGUGCGUCCUAUCUGAACCGGGUCUAUACAAAGAAGUAAAGCAAGAUUGUAAUUAUCCCUUAUUUGCUCUUGUAUGUCAUUUACGAAUUAACUUGAAUAUAUUUUUUAAUGUUAGGAAGAUAUAACAAAAAACAAACAAAAAACAAAAACAAAAUGAAGUGUACUCUAAAUAAACAGCAAAGCAGUUUAUUAUGAAACCCUUUGAAUAUCCAAUUUUAUUUGUGAUCUCUUUUCUCAUAAAAAUUAACACGCUGCUGUACCAGCCAACCAAAUACAUCGUUACAAACGGUGAUGUUAUUUUUUACGUUAUGGGGGCUGACAACACAUUUUUAACCAAUGAAAAUGCUUGUUACAAGCAAGGUUAGAUUAUAUGGCCCUGGUAAUUAAUGUUGAAAUACUUCUGAAUUGAUUUUUGCUGCUAGACCUUAUAUAUGAUAUAAAACAUUUUACCCGUUGUAACCCUUAACAACCUGAACAUACGGACAUGUAAGCAAAGGUUCAUGAAGAAAGAGAUUUAAUAAAAAUUAGGGGUUGGGAUUUCAAUUAGUAAUCAUCGCAUAUAGAUUUAUAUCUAAACUGUUUAAAUAUUCCAUUGUCAUAGCAAGAUAUACAAGAUAAACCUGAUAUAUAUUACUAUCAUAUUUAAAAUGUAUUUUCCAUAGCUUUGUCACUUAAACUACAUAAAUGCAGAAAAUAAAUCUAGAGUUUCAUUGAUAAGAAACAUGAUUAUCAAAUGGCGGGAAUUUAGAACUUUAAAUGAUUGAAGGAAAUAGACACACACACUCGGAUGUAGAGUCACUUCAUGCUUUGUACGAUUUGAAAAGUUAAUGCUUAAUCCUUCAUAGAAAAUAUAUCUGCGUCAAUAAGUGUUUAGUACAAAUUACUUGAACUUAUGCCCCGUUUCUUUGUUCACUAUCAACAUCACAUGACUUAUCAAGAGCUCAUCGUUUAAAAGAUUCAAUGUCCAAGAUAAAUGUUUCUAAACUUAAAAAUAUCAAAGGAAAGGGACAAGCAUUUCCUCUCGAAUUCAUAUCGUAUCAAAUACAUUUCGUAUAUUUAAAUUAAAGAUGACUGUCAGUUCGAAUGAUUCAGUAAAAACGGACCACUUUGGUUAAAUUCAGGUUGAUUUUCAUGUUUACUUUUACUGUAUAUGUGCUAUUCAUUUGUUUACUUUUUCUGUAUAUGUGCUAUUCCUCUGUUAACUUUUACUGUAUAUGUGCUAUUCAUUUGUUUACUUUUACUGUAUAUGUGUUAUUCAUUUGUUUACUUUUACUGUAUAUGUGCUAUUCAUUACAUGAUACGCAACAUAAGAGAAUUUGCGACGCCAGGAAGUGAUCUUCUAAAGAAAAUACAUCUAUCUAUUCAAUGAUCAAUAUGACGUCAAACGUGCUCGAUGCAUCUUGAUAUGCUUAGUGGUUCCGUUGUCACCACCCUGGUUUUACCUAGAUUUACAUGAUUGGCGUCGUCAUGUUACUGAAAAUUCUUACCCUUCCGGAACACCUGGUCUUGUAAUUAUGGUAAUCUUUAAGGAUCCUAUCUACUUGAUUCAUUUUGAUCUAAAAUUACGAUUUCGUUAUAACGUCAGCAUCCUCUUCCUUUUUUAUGACCACUUUGUGUUCUUAUAUAUUACAUUUUCAUGGUAACUUCUGUUGGAAGUCUUAUAUCUACCUAACUAAGUCUUAUAUACGACGUAGAUUUUUUUAUUUGUCUUAAUCAUACAUAACAUAAAAAUAUUGCCAUGCAAACAAAACUGUAAUUCUACUAUUUUCCUUAAGAUUCAGUAUUAGUAUAUAUAUAUAUUAGUAUGUAUAUUUCAGUUUAUAAAAUAAAUGCUACUCUAUAAACAAUGUACAAAAUGUACUUGUUUACCGUGUCGCAACCUUUAGAUAUACAUAUACCGACUGAUCCAUUUGUCAAGCUAUGAAUGAGAGAUUUAUUUUGUGAAGAUUUACAACGAUUUGACGAUGUUUGCAGGUAAACAAUAAAAAUCACACAAAAGAUUUUAUGUUGACUUUAACAAUAGGUGUUAUAUGCAUUAUUUACAUGGUACGCAACAAAACAAGAUUUCUGGACACCAGGAAGUGAUGUUCUAAACACAAUUAUCUCUUUACUCAAUGAUCAGGAAGGAGAUAUAUAUCUAACGGUCUCCCAUUGAAUAGACAUUUUAAAGUGGGGUUUUAAGAUGGAUGUUUACUCAAAUGCCUCAGUUAUGGCGGACAGACUUGAUAAGUGGAAUGACGCCCCGCCCUAUAUAUCCCAUAAUACCAUCCCUGUUUCCGUCAUUCUGAUGAUAUACUUGGUCAUAGGGAUAAUUGGGAACUCCAUCGUCAUUUAUAUACAUACUGUCCAGCUUCAGAAAAGCUGGGAAGAAAGAUUUUUCAUACCAGUUUUGGCUUUUGUUGACUUGAUAUCGUGUGUCGUAUGUACUUCCUUUAGUUUCUCAAUAAACAUGUUUCCUGUGAAAUACAGUAACGACAGCGCGUGCAAAGUAAUGUUUUUCCUCAACAUGACGUGCACAUUGAUGUUAGCAAGCAAAUAAUCAUGUUCUGGAAGAAAAUCGCCAUUGUUUGUGUCAUUGGGUCUCUUUAGUCAUGUCCUGGCCUUGUUUCCUGUUCUACGGCUCCAAAGAGGUUUACGAUGACCACAGCUACACACGAGGAUAUCGAUGUACAAGUAUCCGAGGCCCGUGGUCAACAGUUCAACCUCUUAUAUUCAAGGCGGCAUUGAUGCUCCUGAUUUUUACCAUACUCGUGUCGCUUGUGGUAUUUUACGUAUUGGUAGGAAGGGUCGCGGUUAAGCAGAUGAUCUUCCACAAACAGAGGAACUCCAAUUCCAGCACUUCCGACGAGAGGUCAGGUAAACGUAAGUCGCCGAAUUCAAAUUCCGUGAGUUUGUCAGAUACCACUGACGUAACAGUCACAAACAAUAUCUGUAAUUGACAAUAAGAACCAUGUGGAUCCUGAUAUCAUAUCACCAAGGGAAAUAAAUGGCAACCCAAGAACGACGAACUCUGAUUGCAAUGAAAAUGCACUUAUUCCUGAAUCGAACUACGUAUCAUCUUUGACAUCUAAAAAUGCACUCAAGAUGGAUCAAAUCACAACAAGAAAAGCAUGUCCCGCGAGGACAUCAGGAAUACGUCUCUCACAGAUCUUCAUACUGAUAACGCUUGUGUUUAUCAUUUGUUCUGUGCCAAAGCUCGGAAUGAUGAUUUACGAAUCUCAGAACGAGACGUUUUGGAUCGAGCUUUCGCCCUCUGAGCUAUCGGGCUACAGGUUCAUUUACACUUCCUUUAUCAUCAACAGCAUCAUCAAUCCCUUCAUCUACGGUUUCUUCGACCGCCGAUUCCGUAAAGAAGCGUAUUACUUGUAUCGAUGUUUCAAAUAAUUGGCAAUUCUUUGCGGAUAGCGUCAAGAUUUACCUUGGAACGUAGAAAUGUAAUAUAUUCUCCCAACAGCCACACACGAACUCUCUAAUAAUAAUCUGGCGGAUUAUAUCAUGUAUUGUGAAAAUACAAAAUUGAUCCUUA